AGGGGCAAGCUCGCUGCCGGAGGACCUACAGUAAAUAUUUGUGUUUGCUCAGCCGGCUGUAAUGGUGGAUCACUGAGAAAAGAAACAUCCUAAGGACUGAAGAGAAGGAAAACAGCAGACACACCGAUACAAAAAACCGAAAUCUCGGUCAGUAUGGACGAGCUCAAACACCAAGUCAUGAUCAAUCAGUUUGUGUUGACCGCGGGUUGCGCGGCGGACCAGGCGAGACAGCUUCUGCAAGCGGCACAUUGGCAGUUUGAGACUGCUCUUAGUGCUUUCUUUCAAGAAACCAACAUCCCGUACAGUCACCACCAUCAGAUGAUGUGCACUCCAGCCAAUACGCCAGCAACGCCUCCCAACUUCCCGGAUGCUCUCACCAUGUUUGCUCGGCUCAAGGCUUCAGAGAGCUUCACCAGCAGCAGCCCCAUCGCCUCCAUGACCACUUCACCCCCCCCUCAGGUCAGCUGGGCCAUGACACCCCCACCCCCCAGCCAGCAGGGACUGUGGACUCCAGGGCAGCCUCCCUCGCAGGCGCCCCCUCCUGGCUGGCCCGCCACAGUCACCCAGCAGGCCGCCUCUGAACAGAAGGCCAGUGUCGCAAUGGAGGCGGAGAGAUGAGGUCCUGGACUUGGGGCAAUCGGG